AUGCCUCCGUAUCCCUUCUUCCCAACUCUCUCCCCUCUCUCUAAAUUAAAACCCUAAAUUCCCAAAUUCAGAAAAAGAAAAAAGAAAAAAAAACAAAUCAGAAAAAAUCAUGACAGCAGUCUCCCAGAUCAUCUCUCUCCAUCAUCACCACCUUCUCCCCGAUCGCAAUUUCAAACCCCAACCCCUCUUUUUCGAACCCUAAUCACUUUACAACCACUGUACAUACAGAUAGAUAUAGAUAUAGAUAUAUAUGUAUAUAGUAUAAUACAGUCGCAUAUAUAGGUUAUUGCCAAAUCUCUCUCUCUCUCUCUCUCUCUCUCUCGGUGACUGUGAAUCAGAGAAGUUUGAAAUUCCGUUGAUGUUUUAGCCUUUUCAGCUUUUCCCCAUUACCCUUCCUCUCUCUUCUCUCUCUCUCUCUCUAUCAUACUCAUACCCACUUUGUACAGCCGAUCCCACUCCUACUUUUUUUCUCUUCCAACUAUCCCCACUUGUAUUGCUUCUGUCUCUCCUCCAAAUUAGGGUUUCCUAUUCCUGCUUCGAUUCCUUCUCUUCUCUCUCUAUCUCUUCUCCAUCUCACUUGUAUGUGUUCUUUUUAGAAAAAUUAUUUGUUAUUGCUGUCUUAAGUUUCUCUGUAUGUGUUAUAGUGAAGCAUUCUAAUGGCGUUUUGCAGUAGUUAGGGUUGUUAUUUAUAUACACAUAUAUAUUGGGAAUAUUGUUGGUUUGGUGGAAUUUGGAAGGAAGGAAGGCUUGAGUUUUCGAUCAUCAUCAUCAUCUAUAUAUAUAUAUAUAUGGCUUAUCAGGCUAUGCCCGGGCCGGGUUCGGGCUCGGGUUCGGGUGGAUUUCACCACAUGAAUUCACCAUUUGGGGACACUACUUUGACUAAGGUUUUUGUUGGAGGAUUGGCUUGGGAGACUCAGAGUGAAACGAUGAGACGAUAUUUCGAGCAAUUCGGGGAGAUUCUUGAAGCAGUGGUGAUCACUGAUAAGAACACUGGCAGAUCCAAAGGAUAUGGUUUUGUGACUUUUCGGGAUCCUGAAUCAGCGAGGAGAGCCUGCGCGGAUCCUGCUCCGGUAAUUGAUGGGAGACGAGCAAAUUGUAACUUGGCAUCGCUCGGGAGACCUCGCCCGGCAGUCCCCUUUGGGCGCUUCAGAUCUCCAACGUCUUACAUUGGAGGCUUACCGACUACCGCCACUGCUAGAGGUGCUUAUGUUGGGAGCUUUGGCUACCAGCAACCCGUUACUUAUGGAUUCCAACAAGGCCUAUUGUAUUCGCCUUACGGGUAUGCUGCGUACAGUCCAGAAUAUGUUUAUUCUCAGGGUGUCUACGGUCCGUACGGAAACCAGCAAUACCUUCAAGUGUACGGUGUCCCUGGAGGAGUAAACUCCUCGAUGUAUCCUUAUAGUCAUGUGAACCAGGGCAUUCCUGGAAGUCAUGGCUAUACGGCAUUGCCGGGAUAUGCAGUGCCCGGCCAUCACAUGGUUCAGUUUGGUGCACCUUCUAGUGUUAACGCAAUAACUACAACUUCUGUUCCAACCAUUCCGGCGCCAUAUCCCACCGGACCUAUUCCGCAACAGCCACAGUUCAUGCUACCUACGCAUACCCCACAGUUUAUGCCUGGUAGCGGUUCUGAUCAAAACACUGGGUGAGAGUUUGGUCUCGUUCUCUUUUAGAUUGCAGCAGGACUAAGAGCAGCAGUACUGCCACUCGACUGGCGGGCUUCAAAUCUAGCCUUGCAAAUCAUUUGUCGUGCAUUCUAGAGGUCACACUUGCCGUGCUCACCAGAGAAGUCAAUGUCCCGAGUCCCCUCCUUAAGGUGGAGUGCGAAAAAUGGAAUGUGCCGAAAGCACAUCCUCUCCUAGCUUCAUGUAAAUCUAUCUUUCUAAUGUCUAUUCCUUACCAGCCUCAUGGAUGACUGGUGGGGAGAGUCUCAUGGGCCGAUGACGGUGGUGGCCAGAAUGGGAUUCUGGCUCCCGACCGACCGGAGAAUAAAGAAGUAUGAAAAGAACUAUCUUACCUAAUAUAGGAAUCAACAUAUGAUUCUUUUUAUAUAGUUGAGUCAAAACACAGCAUUUGGGCAUAUGUAGAUAUAUGUCUCCCUGGUGACUGUGUUUGCAUGCAUCCCUGCAUUGUAUUUGUAAAGUGGGCAAGCAUCUUAUGUGUAAGUAACGACAGGUCAGACUUUUUAGGGUUCAUCCAACAUUUAUUGUAAGUCUAAGUCGGAUUAAUUUGCAGCCUCAACUUCAAAAUGUGAAGAAGGAAGCUCAGGAUCUAAGUGGGAAAGAUGGGUUCUUUCUGUCUUUAAUUAGUUCUUCUCCAUUUCUGUGAACUAUAUAUUACUCCUAUUUCCAAAUCUACAUUUUCUAUGAAUA